CGAGGCGGCGGGGGCGGGCGUGCCGCGAGCCGCGGUGCGGGACGGGGCGGCCGCGGCAAGAUGGCGGUGGCGGGCAGGGGGGCUGCGGCCGUGAAGCCCAUCUUCAGCCGGGACCUGGGCGAGGCCAAGCGGCGCGUGAGGGAGCUGUACCGCGCCUGGUACCGCGAGGUGCCCAACGCGGUGCACCUGUACCAGCUGGACAUCACGGUGAAGCAGGGCCGCAACAAGGUGCGGGAGAUGUUCAUGAAGAAC